UGCUACCUUUGCUUUUGUUCUGUAUUUCUACAGCAGUCAUUGGAUCGCUGCAGUUUGGCUACAACACUGGAGUCAUCAACGCACCUGAGCAGAAACUAAGAAGCUUCAUCCAAAAUAUAUCAAUGGAGCGUUAUGGAGAGGCUAUGGAGGAGGGAACCGUCACCAUUGUGUGGAGUGUUGCCGUGGCUAUCUUCAGCAUUGGAGGCAUGGCCGGGUCUGUCUGUGUGGGGGUUCUGGUCAACAAGUUUGGGAGGCGCAAGUCCAUGUUUCUAGCCAACGGCCUGGCAGUGAUUGGUGGAGGCCUGAUGGGGUUUUCCAGCUUGUGUCGGUCAUAUGAGAUGGUGAUCUUUGGGCGCCUGGUCAUCGGGCUGUUUUGUGGUCUGUGUACUGGCCUAAGCCCCAUGUAUAUAGGAGAGCUAGCCCCCACUGCCCUACGAGGAGCCUUUGGCACGCUGCACCAGCUGGGUGUGGUCAUUGGCAUCCUGGUGGCCCAGAUCUUUGGUCUGGAGUCCCUGCUGGGCUCGGACUCCCUCUGGCCCCUGCUACUGGCUCUGACAGUUCUGCCGGCGGUCUUGCAGACCAUCAUGUUACCAAUGUGCCCCGAGAGUCCUCGGCACCUCCUCAUCAACCUCAACCAGGAAGAGGAGGCGCGCAAGGCGCUGGUGCGUCUGCGUGGGUGUGAGGAUGUCAGUGAGGACAUCAAUGAGAUGAAGGAGGAAGGCAGGAAGAUGGCCAUGGAGAAGAAGGUCACCAUCCCUGAGCUGUUCCGCAACCGUUCGUACCGACAGCCCAUCAUCAUUGCCAUUGUGCUCCAGCUGUCUCAGCAGCUCUCUGGAAUUAACGCUGUGUUUUACUACUCCACAGCCAUUUUUAAAGGGGCUGGAGUAUCCAAGCCCAUCUAUGCUACAAUAGGAGCUGGUGUUGUCAACACGGUUUUCACUGUGGUCUCUCUCUUCUUGGUGGACAGGGCAGGACGCAGGACACUCCACCUCAUUGGUUUAAGUGGAAUGGCAGUUAGUGCUCUUCUAAUGACCAUCUCUCUUGCACUGAUUGGUACCACUGAAUCCCUCAGUUACCUGGCCAUUGUGGCGGUGUUUGGUUUUGUGGCCAGCUUUGAGAUGGGACCAGGCCCUAUUCCAUGGUUCAUAACGGCAGAGCUCUUUGAACAGGGACCCCGCCCUGCAGCUAUAGCUGUAGCAGGAUGCUCCAACUGGACCUCCAACUUCCUGGUCGGACUCAGCUUUCCCAAGCUGCGGGAGCUGUGCGGAAGCUAUGUGUUCAUCAUCUUUGUCAUCUUCCUCAUCUUCUUCAUCAUCUUCACCUACUUCCGAGUGCCCGAGACCAAAGGGCGGACCUUUGAGGACAUCGCUCGCGGCUUCGCCAGCGCUGCCUCCAGUCUCCCUCCUCCUCAGGAUGGCGAGAUCACGCUCCCCGUCUCGCCUACCAGAGAGAAGGUGCCCAUGGUGGAAUUCCCCAAUGUUGACAGUAGCAAAAAUGGCCUCCCAAGUGUCUAGCAGGGCAAGGAGGUCUCAUCCCACAACACAGCUAACUGCACUACACAGACAGCCAUGGCAGACCAUUAGCAUUUGGCAGUAACCACAGGAAAUACUGUAGUUCACAAAAUGGACCUCCUUAGUGUGUAGUGGCUGUGUAGUGGGGCAGCUGUGGCCUACUGGUUAGCGCUUCGGACUUGUGACCGGAGAGUUGCAGGUUCGAAUCCCUACCAGUAGGCAUGACUGAAGUGCCCUUGAGCAAGGCACCUAACCCCUCACUGCUCCCUGAGCGCUGCUGUUGAUGCAGGCAAUGAUAAUCCUAUAGCUUUAGGGAAAAGGACAAGGCACUUGUGUAAUUGGGAGCAGUGCCAUAAAAACAGCCAUUUCAUCCAGUGAGCCAUGUGCUAGACAUUUUUCAUCUAAUACUGUUUGUAUGUCUAACCACAUUAAGCAAGUUGUCACUGCCCAGUAAUAGCCUAAAGUAGGUCAUGUGUAAAAGUACUGUAGAACACUGCCUAUACUGCCUCAACGUCCAUGAUUGCUUGCUGCUGAGACACGACCAGCUUUAGGAUGCUGGGGCUUGGUUAAUGAGGAAACAUGGUGACGCUCCCUCUGGUGGUUAACGCUCUGCCCUUCAUGAAGCCUGCAGUGUUCCUUAAGUAGAGACCCACGUGGUACUGGUGAGGAACCUCACAUAAAACUGAUCAGAUUGAUAAUUGAUGGAUUGCUAAAUCACAAACAUCCCAUGGAUUGCAAAAUCUUAAACAACCUAUUCAAAGACUCUGGAUUUGAGUGGUGUUUAAGGGCCGUUUUUUGAGGAACACUGCCUCAACGGAAACUUCUUUGCAGAAGUUGGGCAAUUGCCACUACAACCACAACCAAAGGAUGUAUGGUGGCUCCAAACUAAAUGUAUUCUAUACCAUCUACGUAUUAGUGGUGUGUGAGAUGACGCUGAGGCCGGCUGCUGUGAUAAGUGAAUGGACAUAUAAGUGUGUGGCUAUGUGUAUGCCAAGCUCCCUUUUGAUUGAGUGUAUGUAAAUGUUCAAAGGGAAUCUGCUGGUGGAGAUUCUUCCCAGUUUUAUUUUUAUUUAUUGCAGCUUGAUGUUACUUAUGAAUUGUGAUUAUGUGUACAUUUCUCUUAAUCACUGAAAUAGACCUAAUGACGUGGUAGUGAAUGAAGUGGUAGUAAUACUGAACUGAUAUUCCUAUUUAGAUUGUGACUAAUAUUCCAAGCGAUUACUGUUACUGCAAAAUUUUAAAUGUGCACGAGUAUCAAACAUAUUCUUAUACACUGUAGUCUCUCUUCAAGACACUGGUGUGAAAUACAUAAAGCACUCUCUGAACUAAUCACAUGCCAUGCACUUCAGCCUCUGCAAAGAUUAGUACUUGUUGGAAUUCACUCUUAUAUUUCUUAAUGGAGCUAGAGAGCAGCUUGUGGUUGACCUAGAUAAACAGUCCCAAAAAGCUAGCUCAGGUCCUGAAGCCUUUGGCAGUGACUUUGCUGGUGAGGAGGCGAAACUCUGAUUUUCUCCUUAGCCCCGCACUGCUCACUAUCUAUUUCCUUACUAGCUGACGCUUGUCCAAUGAGGCAAUCUCAGUGAAGUAAGUGCGCCUAACCGUUACACCCUGACUAAGAACAGAUGACAACCUUCUGUCCUGGCACAAGCUGUUGUGUUUCAGAGCCAAUACAGUUGAUCAAAGAACUGACCUUUUUUCUCAAAGACAAACAAGACUCCAGUGGCAUUUCACAUCGCACAAUUUGCACAACUUGUGCACUAUGGAUCAAUCAGACAGAUUCUAGGCUACUGGCUGGUUUGUACUCCUAAUUAGCCUAACUACUUGAAAUUCUUAACAGCCAGGGUAUUUAUUUUGCGAAUUCGGGCAGUCACAAAUAAAAAGAUAAAUAGCUGUUAAACAUAAUAGCCCAGAUAUUGCCAAAUGAACAAAGGUAAACAAGAUAAACAUCAAUUCAACAAAAUUGAUUUUAAUGUGGGAAAAAGGACUAUUGUGCUUGAAUGUCAAGAUGCCUCCUUUCAGGCCUCAAAAGGAAUCUUAGUAAAUAUUUGAUAAAAUGUUGUAAAAAGCAUUUUCAGCCAUUACAGUACCAUAUUAUUGUAUGUCUUGUGUAACAUGUUGAUGUAACAUUGUGGGAUUUGGGGCUGUAGUUGUAGUAUUUUACCUUUCGUCUCUUUAUUGUAUGUUUUGCACAUGUACUUCAUUUGUGUGUGUGUGUAUGUGUUUGUUUAUAGUGUAUAUAGCUUUCUGAUAGAGGGUUGUCUAUUAAUGGUGUGGUGAAUAAUUUGUCCUUGUUACAAAUUGCCUAAAGUAUUUGAUCUGUUGCUAUAUUUGCUGCUGGGGAUGCUUGCUAAUCACAUGCACUAUCACUUUACUGGCAACGCACAUUCUAGGACGAGGAUUAAUACUGUUCAGAAUCUAUUGAUAUUUUGUGUUGAAGCAUGUAUUCCCAUAAACAUUCAUGAAUGUCGAUGUUUCAUUCUGAAAGUCAUAAGUAUAUAAAUUCUAUUUACUAUUGUCUGUGUAUGCUCACAUACUUCCACUGCCAGAUUUCAUUGAGCGUUUAUUAAAUUUGUUUUAAAUUGAGAGACAGACAUUAGAUACGUAUUAUUGAGUAGAUAUGUAUAUAGUAUAGAAAAAAGCAUUUUGCACUCAAUAUGAUCCCCACCAUUCUCUAAAUACACAAUAAAUUCCAGAAACAUGGUAUGUGUAUUAUUUUGUAAUCAACAUCGCCUAUCUGCUUGUAGCUGAGUGAGGAUCCCUCAUUUUCUCCAUGGUUAGCGUGUACGCUUUUCAAACCUUGUAGCUGAGUGAGGAUCCCUCAUUUUCUCCAUGGUUAGUGUGUACGGUUUUCAACCUUGUAGCUGAGUGAGGAUCCCUCAUUUUCUCCAUGGUUAGCGUGUACGCUUUUCAAACCUUGUAGCUGAGUGAGGAUCCCUCAUUUUCUCCAUGGUUAGCGUGUACGCUUUUCAAACCUUGUAGCCCUUUUGCCGCUUCUCUUGUCAUUUUCUGCCUCUCUUGUAUUGUCUACAUUGUACUACUACUAUGUACUGGAUACUUUCAUGUGAAAGAAAUGUAAAUGAAAAAUUAAAACCACUUCUAAUGAA